GCUGCUGCGGGGCCAGAAGAGCAAUGGCGGCGAGUGGCGGAGGCCGCCGAGACCCCCUGGCUCCCUCCCGGAUUCCUUGUGCUUUCUCUCCGCGGGGCCAGCACUACUUCACGUUAGCCGGUCCGGAUGGUCACUUGCGGGUGUGGGAGACAGCUAGCAACCGCCUGCACCAAGACUUUGUUCCUUCCGCUCACCUCAGCGCCACCUGCACCUGCCUGGCCUGGGCCCCGCCGCGGUCGCUGGCCAAGGAAGGUCCCCAGAGGAAAAAACGGAAAUCUGAAGCUGUAGGAACCAGUGACCAGGUUGACCUAUUGGCCAUUGGUACAGCGGUUGGCAGCAUUUUAUUAUACAACACAGUAAAAGGAGAGUUACAGAGCAAACUAGUAAGUGGUGGACAUGACAGUAAAGUAAAUUGCAUACAAUGGCACCAAGAUAAUGAAUGUUUGUAUAGCUGUUCAGAUGAUAAACAUAUUGUGGAAUGGAAUACACAGACUUGCAGAGUAAAGUGCAAAUGGAAAGGUGACAUCAGCAGUGUCAGUGCUUUGUGCAUCAGCCCUGAUGGGAAGAUGUUGCUUUCGGCUGGUCGAACUAUCAAACUAUGGGAUUUGGAGACUAAAGAAGUCUAUAGACAUUUUACAGGUCAUGCAACAGCUGUUUCAUCACUUAUGUUCACAACUAUAAGACCUCCUAGCGAAAGUCAGCCCUUUGAUGGAAUUACAGGCCUUUAUUUCUUGUCUGGAGCAGUACAUGACCGGUUACUUAAUGUGUGGCAAGUUCGGUCAGAAAAUAAAGAGAAGAAUGCAGUGAUGUCUUUUACGGUUACUGAUGAACCAGUCUACAUUGACCUGACUCUGUCAGAAAACAGAGAGGAGCCCGUAAAGUUAGCUGUUGUUUGCAGAGAUGGACAAGUCCAUUUAUUUGAACACAUAUUAAACGGAUGCUGCAAAAAGCCUUUGACUUCAAAUUGCACUAUUCAGAUCGCAACAUCUGGGAAAGACAAAGAAUCAACACCAAAACCUAUCCCAAUUCUAGCUGCAGCUUUUUGUUCAGACAAGCAAUCUUUGCUACUUGUAUAUGGCAGUCAUUUGCAGCCAGCUAUUGAAAGAGUGUCUUUGAACUCCAAAGAACCCCAUGUGUGUCUGAUAAGAGAUGUCAAUUCCUGGACUCCAAAAAUAGGAGGAAUUGCUGUAACAAAGGUAAAAACACCAGUGAUGAACUCUGAGGCCAAAGUUUUAGGCCCUGGGAUUCCUGGACAUCAUGCAGCCAUCAAACCUACACUGGAGACAGAGAAAACAGAAAGCAAAAGGAGAGUAAAGGAAAAUGAGCAAGUUAGCAUUGAAGAGCGAUUGGGAGCAAUGGACAUAGACACCUUGAAAGAAAAAAGAAAAGGGGACCUGAAGGCAGACAGCUACCCCGUUCUUCUAGUUCAAGGCCUAGAAAGCAACGACUGCUAUAUGCUAAAUAAAGUACUUCAAACAAGAAAGGACACCUUAAUAAGAAAUACAGUGUUAAGGAUUCCAGUAUAUGCUGUUAUUCCUUUAUUGAAUGAGCUUACUAAGAGGUUGCAAGGGCAUCCAAAUAGUGCGGUGCUUAUGGUUCCAUGGUUAAAAUCUGUGUUAACCAUACAUGCAUCUUAUCUCUCCACAUUGCCUGACCUGGUACCCCAGCUGGGCAUGCUAUACCAGCUGAUGGAGAGCAGAGUCAAAACCUUAAGGAAGCUCUCUCGACUGCAUGGAAAACUCAUCCUUCUUAUUACACAGGUGGCAGCAUCUGAAAAAACUCAAGGUGUGCCUCCGCCUGAGCAGACGGCCAAACUGGUUUAUGAGGAAGAAUCUUCUGAAGAGGAGUCUGAUGAUGAAAUAAUGGCAGAUAAGAAUUCUGAUGAGAAUUGGGAGGAGGAUGAAGAAGACAGAGAAAGUAAAAAGGAUGAAGAUGAAGAUGAUGAACACGAAAUAGAUCAGGACACAGAAAAUGGUGAGGAGAAAGAAAUGGCUCUUGAAAAAGAAAUAAAUGGAGAUUCUGAUUUGGACCCAGAAAAUGAGAGUGAAGAAGAAUGAAGAAGCAAGGAAAAAUAGGCCAAUAGAACUAUAAACUCUGGCUCACAUUCUUGAAUGCUGCUGCCAUGUUCUCCUGGAGAGGGCGGUCUCUGGCAGAAUGCAGAAGGCCCUCUCACCUUUCCAAAUUCAAAAUGGUGGUCUCACCAUGCCAGCCCCCUUGUCCUUUCCACCUCAAACAUAACUGUGUAAAUAAGAAUGUUUCUUUCAAUUGUUAAUAAACUUUACACAGUAAAUAGACACAUUUUUCUGCAACAUACUGACACGAUUGUCCUACAUAUCUUAUAUUUUUAUAAUAUAAUAAAGUCCUGGAAUGAUUGGUUAUAUCAAGAAUUGAGUUAAAUGAAGAUAAGGAAAUUCUCCCAUCUUCUCCCUCCCCCUUCCCCCCCCCCCCCCCAACCACAGCCCAACCUGUUCUUUGGAGGAAUCUGCUCUUACUGCAGGUUGGUAUGUGUGAUCUGGUCCAGGUGUGACCUUGUCCUGAGUAAACUUUAAGAAGUUAUGAGCAUGAGCCAAAUUUACCUUUUUGUGUGGCAGGUGAGGCAGGACAAAAAAAUGAAAGUGUCAAUGUGAUGGCAGGCUUUUAGAAAGACACCUUUAAUCUCUAGAAUAUUGGCCAAAGUAAUCUGAACCAGGCAGGCUCAAUCACUGGACUUAUCUUCCCACUACACCACCACCACCCCUUCCCCAACCCCCAAAAUCUGCUAAUAUUUUUUUUAGAUUUUUAAGUAAUUUUUAAAGAAAAACAAUUAUGGUAGUUCAAAAACCAAAAUAACCAACAGCCCUAACGACAUGAAUGGUUCUCUGUGACUGUAGAAUAUGACCAUGGAUUCAUCCAUAUUCUUUUUUUUUGUUGUUGUUAGGGCAAUGGGGCUUAAGUGACUUGCCCAAGGUCACACAGCUAGUAAGUGUCAAGUGUCUGAGGCCGGAUUUGAACUCAGGAACUCCUGAAUCCAGGGCCGGUGCUUUAUCCACUGCGCCACCUAGCUGCCCCCAUAUUCAUUCUUAAAAGCACAUGUGUACUCUUCUUUGGCAUUCACCUACAGUCAUUGCUGAAGUCAUGAAUUCACUUUUGCUUUCCACUGUCAGUUAAAUUUUUAGAACAGAGACCAAUUUUUUUUCCCCUUUUGGCUUCAGUUAAUGAUAUCCAUGGCAAACUAAGCAACAGAUUUUUGUUUUAUUUUUAAUCUGAGGAGAAUAUUUUUAUGACUUAGUAAUUAAAUGCUUUCUCUUUCUAUUAACCAAGCUUAGCAAAGUUUAGAUACUUUCUUUUUUAAGAAAAGAAAUUGGACUCAAGCUUUUUAUGUAUGUAUAAGCCAGUAUUUUUAUUUUUGUGUCCUGAAAAAGAUCUUUUAGAAUUAUCAGUGACUUAUUUGAAAAGAAAAAUUUUGGGCCUAGUUUAUGGCUAAAUAGGGGGGUAUUCAUUGGAACAUGGUCUCAAACAGGAAGGAAGGACUAGGUGGAUAGGUUUUUGUUUUUUUAUUGUGAAUAUGUAAAACAACCAUAUUUGUUAGGGAUUUAAAAAAUCUCAGUGGCCAAACAAGAGUCUUCUUUUGCUCUGCUUAUGGAACUGGAGCCACAUUAACACCUUGGGAAGAAUGAGUUUGAGCCAGCCAUGGGCAUAUUGUAUGUACAGUCUAUUUGUUUAUAAAUGGAGCUGUUUAUGGCUACCAAACACCACCCUCUUUGUAAAGUGAAUAAAUACACAUCUUUACCCAGUG